GGGCGUUUUCUGUGGUGCCGAGCUGACAUGGGGAUAACGGGUCCCGAGCGGGGCCGGGCCUUCCCCACGCGGAAAGGAGGCAGGGCGCUUUACUUAAGGGCCUGGUUCAAGUCCCAGCUCAGCAGCCACCUCUCGCGGAGCAAGCCGUGACUGGUCUCCGUCUGACAACGCUGCCUGUCUCAGCAGGGGCACGGAAAUAUCCCACCAAGGAACGUGACCUCAUUGAUUUUCACUGCCUGGGCUGAGAGAAGGGCAAUGAAGGAAACAAUCAUCAGCAUCAACUGCACUUUGCAGGCACUGAAUGGCUCAGCUGCAACUGGCUGUGUGUCCACCUGUGGAUUCUAUGGUGGCAGCUCCUAGUUUUCCAUUAACAGGGCAGAAGAGAUACCAUCCCAAGGCCCUUGGGCACCAGUCCCGGCUAGAACACCUGAAGAACAACUUCCAGCUACAGCUCUUGCGUGACAAGGAGGAGAAACUGAAGGGUCUCUGCAUCUGCAAAAGCCAGAGUUAUUCCUGCUCUCUCUCUUCUGGGAGCAGCCAGCAGGACUCUGGACAGGGAGGCUUCUACUCUGCUGGAUCCCAUAGCCGGUAUCUCACCAGCCAGACCAGUACUUUGCCCUCUAAGUGGGCAGCCAGGCGGAGAGAAGGGGUGGAUCGAUCCUACCCUCUGAAACCAGUCUUUCACCGCAAGGCUGAGAGCGUUCCAGUGGUCAGCACAAGUCAGCUCAGGAGCUCGUCACCCAUGGCUGAAUCUCCCAGCAAUAGCUAUAGCUCAAAGAAGAGAGGGAAGUUGCCAGCAGCCAGGGCCCAGCCAGCUGUAUUGCCAUCUUCUUUGGCAGCAGAGCAGCAUAAGCAGUCAGCCACCCAUCCAAGCAGAGCAGAGUUGGGUUACAUCCAAAGGCUGGAGGCAGCUGGGCAGAGCCUGGAGGAGGAGAUCCGGAGGAAAGAGGCCCUCCUCAGGGAGAAGCUGAGGAGAACAGAGGAGGAACUCAGGAGGAUCCAGAGAGAGAAGCAGCAGGUGGAGGUGGAAGAGAGAAAAGAGAGAGAGGGUCUGAGGAUGCAAGAGAAGAAAGCAGCAGGGCUUUCUGGGGGGAACAUUUUCAGGGUUACACCCAGGCCCAGUGAGGGGGACUGUGGUUGGGAGCAGUCUCCAGAGGGUGCCAUGCCCGUGCCAAACAAUACCCACCUUCCCCAUGUGCAGGGCAUAGGGAGACUCAAGAAGGGGCGGCUGGUGGCCAGCAACAGCAAAAUUCAAGAGCACAUGGCUUUGGAGAGCAUGGCCUCCUGUUCAAAGUUGGUCAUGAAACACAGCCAGGGUCCACCUGCAGCAGCCUCCUCAGAACAAGAUCCUGCAGCAGAACUGUUGCAUUCACAGGAUCCCAUUGUCAGGGAGCAGGGGGAGCUAGGAGAGUGUGGCUUUUGUGGGCGUAGGUUUCUCCAUCUCCGGCUGGAGAAGCACAUGAAUGUUUGCAGCAAGAGCCAAGGCUCCAAGAGGAAAGUAUUUGACUCAAGCAUGGCGAGAGCCAGGGGAACCGAGCUGGAGCAAUAUCAGCACUGGAAGGGCAAAAACCCCACCCAGAAUGAGCCACCCAAGAACAACUGGAGACAAAAGCAUGAGUCUUUCAUCCGGACCCUGCGCCAGGCCCGUGAGAUGCAGCAUGUGAUCUCCAAAGGGGGGAAGAUCUCAGACCUGCCCCCACUGCCCCCUGUAGAGAACCCAGACUAUAUCUCCUGCCCCCACUGCAACCGCCGCUUUGCACCCAAGGUGGCUGAGAGACAUAUUCCCAAGUGCAAAACCAUCAAGAACCGACCCCCCCCACCACCACCACAAAGGAGACGUUAAGGAUGACACUGCAGUGAAUCCCAGCUCUCUCUCUCUCUCUCAAAUUGGCUUCCGUCUAGAGCAAGCUUUGUGUUCUCACCAUCCCCCAAGCAGGCUGCUAACUUUUAAGAUAUCCCCAUGUAAAGUGAGUAAGGAGCUCAGACCCCAUGAACAGAAUACUAAAGUGCUUGUACUUUGAGCUGCAGCCAGUGGUUCCUGAGUGUGUGCAGAUAGGUCCGUGAGAGUUUAGGCCACUACCCUACUGCUGCUGGUUCCCAUCCCUUCCCCUUCUACAGCUCUUCACAAAGAGUUCAAGUUCUCUUGGUUGAAGAGAUUGCUGGGUCUUGGUGUGAGUGGGAGGAGAUUACCAUGAUGUCCCUUGUGUACGGAAUGGGGUUGUCAAUGGGACAGCAGCAAGGGAAGAACCACCAUGGCUGGCUGCUCUUCAGAAUCGUGAUUAGCUGCUAUGGGCAGGUGGUGGGGAUGGAAGGUUGAGGGCUCUUUCCUCUGAUAUGAAGUAAUACAGUGUGGGGCAGAGGUCAUCCAGAGCUCGCAGAUGGAAAGAAGCCCUUUAGUUAGGCACCAACCAUGUGCUCAGCCUUGAACCAGCCACACAAAAAUACCCCUAUGCUGCUGAGCUCAAACUGAUAUUUGUACGUUAGCACCCUGACUGUGCUGAAGGAAGCACCUGCCUGCAGAACAGCUGGGGAGUGGGCUAGAAUUCUACUGCAGUUUAGCUGCAGAUGCUGGCACACGAAAGCCCCCAAAGAUCAACUCUCCAGCUUCAUCUGCCAAGGCUGUGUGGGGCUAUAUCUAGGAAGAGGGGGUGGGAAGGAAAUCUCAGCUCCUGCAGUAGAGAGGCCUUGUGGGGGAUGAUACAGUAGUUUGGAUAAGUCAGGAAAGGUAGUUUCCUUGCAGAGAGAGGGAAGAUAAAUGACAUUAGCAAGUUAGAACAUAAUGUACAAACUACAACUUUCCUUCCCCCUGUUUCUAACAGCCCCUGGAGGCAGAAUCCAGAACUGCUUCCCUCUCUCAGCUGCUUUUUGUGCUCAGUCCUGUAUUUUCUGCAUUGGUUUUGAGCUGAACAAUGAAAACUGAGCAGGCAGGCUCAUUCCAUGCUUCUCCUGCAAUAGCCCACAGGAGGAUUUAUUUAGCUUGUUUCCACUGGAAUUCAUGAAAAUCCUGGGACUGUUUCUAUUGGACUUGGGGUCAGUAACAUUUUGCUUUUCAACAUCCAAAAACCUUAAUUUUGGGCCAUGUUUGACAUAGCAUCUCUAAUCAGAAGAGCAGAUUGGGGAGGGGGGACCCAUAAAAUGCAGCUUCAGCACAAGAAUUCCUUGUGUCAGAAAGCUUGCAGAGGAGCUAUGCACGACCAGCCUCUUACUAGUUGGAGAGGCACCUUUCAUCCCAAGUGUGCUUGUUCCAGCGUCAACUGUGGAAUAGUAAAGACUCCUAGAGCUGGGUCAGGGCCUUUAGGUGACAGGGUGACUGUUACAAAGGGAUUAUUUACCAGGUGCAUGAACUUGGACUCAGAUGCAAGGUUCUUUCCAGCCUCAGUUUUCCAUGGAGAGCAUCCAGGCUGGCAGAUGUCUUUAGGCCCCAUGUAAGUAGCAGGUUGUUCAAUACUAACGAAGGCCUAGCAGUUGGGUCACAAGCAGUGUAGGGAUACCAAUGGAAGAACAAGUAAUUAACGAGAGGAGAAAAUGAACAAAAAAAGCCCAGUAGCUUUUUCUUCAAGGCCCAUGGUGAUCCUGCCCCAGCGCAGCACAGCCUGGGGAAGAUACACAGGGGCCAGAUUUAACUAGGCUUAGUCAGAGGCUGGAUAUGUGGAAAUAGUCCUUGACUGUGAGGUGUGUAAUAGUCUCCCAAGGAAGUAGGAGACCUCCUGUCCUCAAGAUAAGUGAGCAAAGCCACCUCCCUUGGGACACUAUGGUAGUGCUCAAAGACCCCAAUUAGGGUUAAAGCUGCAUGGUUCUGGGCACUGUACAAGUAUUGAAGAGUUUACAGCCUAGGAAGAAAUAUUAAAAUCCAGACACAGGGUCUGAAAUGGGUUCAACACAUGCAGAGUGAUCAUGGGAGGCUGAGCACAUGGCUUAGUAACUCCAUUUCUGGUUUUACUGUGGGACAGCAGUGACGUCACAGGAAGGCAGGAGAGGAGUAAAUAGCAAGAAAAUGGGAAAGGGGGAGAGUGGAAAUUCAUCUGAACUGAUGGAUAAAUUAAUGUUUAAAAUGAACUAAACAUGAAACGAGUUUAAGAAAAUCAGUACAGUAACCCCUGUGAUGUGUUUAUAUUAAAUCCAAUUUUACACUA